CUCACCACCAUACUGGGCCGUCGGCAUUUUUUCGUUCCCUAAAACGAAGAAGCAGCACUUUGUACUUCCGGUGUGCCAGAGGACUGCCUAGCAUAUUCCAGGCGGUGGCGAGUGGAUGCUGAUGGGGGACGAAAAAGAGACCUGGAAAGUUAAAACUCUUGAUGAAAUACUACUGGAGAAAAAGCGCAGGAAGGAAUUAGAAGAGCGAACAGAUACCAAGCAUCCCAAAAAUAGUUCCCAGAGCAUUGUUCCACAGGCGGAUGGUCGCGAAGCCAAACGAGAGACCCCGGAGGAAGGAGAGUUGCGGGAUCAAAAGAUGGAAAUAACAAUUCGCAAUUCCCCUUACACUCGUCAAGAUUCCACAGAGGACAGAGGAGAGGAGGACGAUUCGCUCGCUAUUAAGCCUCCACAGCAGGUUGCAAGGAAAGAAAAAUCUCAUCACAGAAAGGAGGAGAAAAGAAAAGACAAGCGACGCCGUCGUAGCCAUUCUUCUGAAGGAGGUGCUGGACUUUAUUCUAUACAUUCAGGGAAGCACGCCCGGGCAAAAGACAAAGAGAGGGAGCGUGAUCGUAGGAAGCGUCAGUGGGAAGAAGAUAAAGCCCGGCAAGACUGGGAGAGGCAAAAACGAAGGGAGCAGGCCAGAGCGCAUUCACGCAGAGAGAGACCUCGACUGGAUUCUCCUGGGUUUUUUUUGGACCACAGGGACCGUCUGGAACAACAGGAGCGGCAGAGGGAACGUGAUAGGAAACUGCGCGAACAGCAGAAAGAGCAAAGAGAGCUGAAGGACAGAGAGCGGAGGGCUGAAGAGCGACGCAAAGAAAGAGAGAGUCGACGAGAUGUGCCUUCACACCACAGAAUGCUACCAGAUGACUAUGGUGAGAAAUCAAAAUCAAGUCACCGCAGCCGCAGUCCUGUCCAUGUUCCUCGGGAGAGAACAGAACCCGGUGAACUCCGGAAAAAUACUUCAAAAGAGGAGAGGCCGGAGGUCCAAGACCUACUCGCGGACCUCCAAGACAUUAGUGACAGUGAAAGGAAAAGCAGCUCUGCUGAGACUUCACCUGCAUCAAGAUCUGCCUCUGAAGAGGAAGAGGAGGAAGAAGGGGAAUCCAGCAGCAAGACUGAUGGUGAAGAAGGAGAAGAGGAAGAAGAAGAAGAAGAAGAGGAGGGAGAGUCUGUCUCAGUCUCUGGCUCAGAGAGGUCUGAGCAGAGUGCAGAGGAAAUGAGUGAGGAGGAACAGUCAGAGGAGGACUUUGAAGAGGAGCAGGAAAAUGGAAAUCACAUACCUGCAGUACCUGAAUCCCGUUUCGACCACGACACAGAAGAAAGUGGUGAGGAGAUGGAGGACGAAGAAGAUGAAGAAGACGCAGGUGAUGGUGACCCUACACCUCAGUCGCAGACUCAUUCACGGUCCCCCACACCAGAAGGAAACUAUGUCCCUGACUCUCCCCCAAUUUCACCUGUGGAGCUGAAGAAGGAGCUCCCCAAAUAUUUGCCUGCUUUACAGGGUUGUCGCAGUGUGGAGGAAUUUCAAUGUCUGAACCGAAUUGAGGAGGGAACGUAUGGUGUGGUGUACAGAGCCAAGGACAAGAAGACCGAUGAAAUUGUAGCUUUGAAAAGGCUUAAGAUGGAGAAGGAAAAGGAAGGCUUUCCUAUUACAUCUUUGAGAGAAAUCAAUACUAUAUUGAAAGCUCAACACCCCAACAUUGUCACAGUGAGGGAAAUAGUUGUUGGAAGCAACAUGGACAAGAUUUACAUUGUGAUGAACUACGUUGAACAUGACUUGAAGAGUCUGAUGGAAACCAUGAAGCAGCCUUUCCUGCCAGGAGAAGUCAAAACUCUGAUGAUUCAGCUGCUUCGAGGAGUCCGGCAUCUUCACGAUAACUGGAUUCUCCACCGGGACCUGAAAACGUCCAACCUGCUGCUCAGCCACAAGGGAAUUCUUAAGGUUGGUGACUUUGGUUUAGCCCGUGAAUACGGAUCCCCCUUGAAGCCCUACACUCCUGUAGUGGUAACCUUGUGGUACAGAUCACCAGAACUACUGCUUGGAGCGAAGGAGUACUCCACAGCUGUCGACAUGUGGUCUGUGGGCUGCAUAUUUGGCGAGCUCCUCACCCAGAAACCUCUUUUUCCUGGAAAAUCGGAAAUUGACCAAAUUAAUAAAAUAUUCAAGGAUCUGGGGACACCCAGCGAGAAAAUCUGGCCAGGCUACAACGAGCUACCCGCUGUAAAGAAGAUGUCUUUUACAGAGUAUCACUACAAUAACCUGCGAAAGCGUUUUGGUGCACUACUCUCAGACCAGGGCUUCGACUUAAUGAACAAAUUCCUCACCUACUGUCCCAGUAAGAGGAUAGUCUCUGACGAGGCGCUUAAACACGAGUACUUCCGCGAGACGCCGCUGCCCAUCGAACCGUCCAUGUUCCCCACAUGGCCUUCAAAGAGCGAGCAGCAGAGGGUAAAGCGGGGCACCAGCCCUCGGCCACCCGAGGGAGGCCUGGGCUACAGUCAACUGGGGGAUGAUGACCUAAAAGACACCGGCUUUCACCUGACCACAAGUAAUCAGGGAGCAUCUGCAGUCGGCCCCGGAUUCAGCCUCAAAUUCUGAGUGAGCCUACCGGCUGAGAAAGAACAUUGCACACACGGACUGCUGCCACUGGACUCAACUACAAAGCAGAUCGAUAUGCGAUCGGCGCAAACGGUUGACAAGGACUGUCUCACAGCAAGAAUGGUGGCUAUGACGUGUUCUAAAAUUUGUGACUCUCCACCGCUUUUUACCAUAUCUAAUUUGGUAAUUUUAAAACUUGGUUUAGUUUAUUGUUUUCACUUUUUUUUUUAACUUCAGGAUAGGUCCCAUUCAUGAACUUGACAGAGCUGAUGUUUCAUUAUUUGGCCUGUUCACUCAAGUGAUAAAUGGCUAUUGUUUUUUCCAGAAAUAAAAAAAAUAUAAAAGUUUCUUGGUAAUUAGUCUGCUUCGCAAACACAGCAGCAUUUUGCUGGAGCUGGGCAUCUCGCAUCUUUUCUGUCCAAGAUGAUGUCAUUCCACAUGUCGCCACGCAGUCUUAUUCUGUGCCUUUUCUAAUUAAAUGGCUCCUCAAUGUUGGAAUUGAUUAAAUCAACUCUUUGAUUCACGGCCUACAAAAAAAAAAGCGGCACGUCAGCUCUGUCCAAGAUAUGACGCUUAAACAAAACAGAGGGUUGGGUUUGAUCGAUCUCCCACCAGUGAAGCGCUUGUGUCCAAUGUUCCACGUGGUGCGUUGAAGAAGAACAGCUGGUGGAUCAUGUGACUGACGGUGUUUGGCACGACACCAUCUGAGGAAAGCAAGUGAGGCGUGUGAGGUCUUCCACAUGUGCUUGCAGGUCCAAAUAUUGUACAUCCAAAGGCCAGAGAAAACACUCCAUGUUCUUCCUUAAAAGGAGUACUUUUGGCUGAGUUUCACACUGUCGCACGGCUCUCCUUGUCUACUAUUACCACGAAAAAAAGCACUGUCAGACCUAUAGGUUUUUAUUAAGUGGGUGAGGAUGAGCCCUAAUGUGAGUUCAAAUACAAGACCUGUAUUAAUAUUACAAAAUUAACUAGGCCUGCAAACAGGACUGAACAGGCUAUUGCUGUUUAGCGCAACUCAGACGACACGCAGGUGAGGGUGAUGGCAGAUCGUCCCCGAUUUAUUAUCUCAUGAGAACCCAACGUGCUCAAAACUUUUUUUUCCCUAGGAUUAGAAAUACAUUCAUACACCUAAGAGGAAAAAUCCCUAUUGAAGAGGGUUCUACAAAAAGGAGGCGCUACUGAGCUGUGCAGCCAUGCCCUUAUUCAAAACCAAAAUGAAACUUCUAAAUAGGCCAAUUCGACCAAGUGUGCCAAAUUUCGUGACUAUAAGUAAGCCUGUCGCAAUAUGCAAUAAUUCCAUUUAUCACGCGAUAAAUAAAAAUGAAGGCGGUAAUUUUUCCGCUGCGAUUUAUCGCCUCACGUGCGUGCGCGCGUGCGGCAAACGUGCUGUUAAAAGUUUGGAUUCCUCGAUACCAACUGCGCAAAAUGCAUCUUCGUUCCAGGUCCGGCAAAAACUAGCGUCGGAGCCAAUCGUUCCCAUUAUAUCCUAUUGUUCAAAGUAUACCAGCCGCGUCAGUGCUCCGGAGUGACUGUGGACCAUCUACGGCGUGCCGGUGUUGUUGACGUGUGAGCGCUCCCGUCAGGAGUGACAUUUCACGCGGGGCGGCUGUUUUUUGGCACAACGCCGGAUAUUUACAACGAAGUCCACCAAAACAUUGUUACCGACUUGGCUGCUACGAACAACCUCGCUUUGACAACAAACAGCUGAAUGAAAUUAAGAGCGCUGUGCUUCAAACUCGUCCUGUUUAUGAAAGUCAAUUGUCAUAUGCUGGUGUUGUGUAGUAAUGAGCAGACGUGACUUCAGCGGCGCUUGCUAACUUUUUAAAUGCGCCCACACACUAGAUAUCAUGAAAUGGCAAACUAGAUGUGCUACGUCCCAUGCCAUUGGCUACGUGAGCCCAGAGUGAUUAUGGGACACUUAGUCCAUAUACUACAUCGAUGAAUUCUAAACUGUCAUGACUGAAUGGAAGUUAAGAAGGCCAAAUCAAUCCAUACCAGUGACUAUAAAUAAUGUUGCAAAUAUUGUUAAUUCAGUAAAAGACACAGAUGGAUUCGGACUACAAAUAGGAUGUCUUGCUCAUUUAGUAAAUCUAGCUGCUAAGAGAGCUGUAGCAGUCAACGGGGUGCCUGGCCUCACUUUACAAACAGUAAAGAUUGUUCUCCGCACUUUUAUACAAUUUUUUUCAGAUCAGAAAGAAGUAAGCACAUAAAUAUUAUGCACUGAAAUGCAUGUUUAUAUGAUGGCAAUUUCAAUUUUUGCUCGUUAGCAAAAAAAACCCCCCCCAAAAAUUUUUUUUUAAAAUUUUUUACAGAGCAUUAAAUGUAUUGAAUCGGAUCAAAAAUCGUGUCUCCGGUAUCAAAAAUCGUACCGAACCGUGACUUAACUGUAUCGUUGCAUCCUUAUGGAACACCACUGCAGAAGCUAUGACGGGAAAAGUUUUCAUUUGCCUAAAAGUUAAGUGCAAUUUUUUUUUUUAAAACACAUUUUGUUUAUUCUGUGUUUCUGUGCGGUAUCAAUAUUGUUGUUGUUUUUUUACUUAAGAGGCAUGGUCUAUUGUUUUUAGUUGUGAUUUCUUAAAAAGUAUUUUUGGAUUUAAGAGUAAAUAUUUAUCGCGU